AUGCGCAAACUUUCUGACAUGCCGACUGAGAUCCUUUGCCAGAUCUCGCGGCAGCUCAGCACCACAGAUCUCGGCAACCUGCGACUCACAAACAAAAGAUACGAAGCAGCCAUAUUCAAACCGUUUAUGCGCGAAUUCUUCUCCAAGAAGCAGUUCAUGUUCACCGAGCCUAGUCUACAGGCUCUAAUUGACAUAUCACUUCACCCGCAAUUUGGGAAAGAGAUCAAACACCUCGUCUUGGCCCUCGAUUUUUUUCAGAGUGGCUUCGCAGACUUUGCGCAAUCCGAAGAUCAGAAAGUGGAAUAUCUCAUGGGUUUAUGUGCCCAAAGGGCGUUUCUAAGCAGUGGCACAGCCCGGGACAUGUUGGCUACGGCAGUCCAAAAUCUACCAUCUCUCCAAGUUAUCGACAUUCGUGAUUUCAGGAGCCAGACCCGCACUCGAGAUCGGGGUGAAUUCUCAAGCUACGGCGCGCUCACGGUUGAGCAAUCGACCGGCCUCGAGUUGCGCAUGACUCCGGGACAUGGUGCCGACUAUUUUGCAUUAUCCCUGCCAAGCACCGUUUUCAGCACCGUCGUCCAAGUUAUUGGAUCCCAAGGAAUAGAUAUUGAAACAGUCAUUCGCAACCACCAAUGGGGGCUUACAGAUACUGCGUUUUCCAUCUCUGAGUUCAACCGGGCCCGGACCAUUGCGGCUUUGCAACGCAUGAAGAAGCUUCACCUCUGCCUCGACAUGAAUAGAGACAGUUUUACCUCUCACACUGCCCAAGACCCGACGGACGUGGAAGCAAGACGUUGGAUGGCCAAAAGCCAUCUACAAACCUUCCUAUCAUACACUACGAACCUUCAGUGGCUACGCCUAAACUUCCCCAAGUCUCCAGACUUUAAUAUCCACCGAUCAUUCCUCUGCUGGGUUGGCCUCCCUAUACAAUAUGGCUUAACAACAUUUGCCGCGCCUCUAAAGCGCCUCGACAUUGGCCAUGUACGCCUACGAUCUGAAGAUUACCUCGCCCUGUUCCGCAAGUUCAAGGGCACCCUAGAAGCCCUUAGCAUUUGGAACUCGUGCAUCGAGAUGACCACGCAGGACGCCAGUGACAAGGUGAACAAGUGGGGGCAGCUGUUCAAGAGGCUAGCUGAACUGCCACACCUCAGGGAGGUUGUGAUUGGCCGGAUCCGGACCGACUGGAUGGGUUUUAUCGACAUUGUGGCAAAUAACGGGGAGAAGGGAGGUAUUAGCGUGGAAUACCGGGGAGACGACGCCAGCGGGUUCCUGAAGCGCCUGGCUGAGCGGACUGUGCCGCAGUGGCCGGCUUCGGACUCGGAGCCGGAAUCGGAUGACUCUGACGGGUUUGUUGCUGGCGAUGAUGACGCCAGCGAUGGCGAUGCCGACAGUGAAGAGGAGUGA